CCAUUUUGUCUCAGUCUCGCGAGCAGCACUAUUGUGAGAUUCUCGCCACCGAUCAGUUGGCGUUUGGAUUUUCACCUCACAAGAGAGAGAAGCGUUAAAAGCGCGCGCGGACAAAGCUUAAAAUCUUAACACUAAUUUGCCUUUGUGGAUAAAAAUAACGCACAAUUUUUUUUUUCUAUUGAAUUAUUACGAGUUUCUUAACAGUUUUUUUGUGGUGAUAAAUUUGGUGGAUUUCCGCGUGUGUGUGUGAAGAGAAAUUAUGUGCAUAUUUUGCUAGAAGAUGACGGAACUCAUGCAACAAAUACGCGAUCCGAGCCACAACUUGGGCGGCUCCGUGGGCAGCAUUCCGCAGAGCAUCGUCUCGGCGCCGGGAUCGUCGGAGAUUUCGGUGCAGAAGGCGCUCCACAGCCAAGGAGUCCAUUCCACGCCGGCUUCAAACCUCAAGUUCAACGAGGCGCUGCGCCAUGCGCACCACGACGGCGGCCCGAGCAUCUUCACGCCCAAGAUGGCCGCCUCGCGGAGCUACACGAGCGGACUCAGCCAGUCCACGGGCACGGUGAACUCCCUGGGCGGCAAUCUGACGCUGUUCAGCGAGAUCUCGCCCAGCCACUCGCAGUUCUUCGAGGUGAUGUACGUGGGGAAAAUCAAAGUGUCGCACAAGCGUGUCCCGGACACCUUCAUCGACGACGCCCUGCCCAAGUUCAAAGCCUACGACACGCAGCGCAUGAUGCGGCUGCAAGAGGAGGCGCGCAGAAAUUCACUUAUCCAAACGGAGCCUCCGAAGCCCCAAAUGGCGCUUCCUCAUCAACCUUCGGAAGGCACAUCGUCGUCACAAACAAUGCAUCACACAUCAAAGCUGACGGAUCUGAGGAUAAAGGAGGAGUCGGCGGAGAAUGAGACGGAAGAGGAGGAGUUGAGUGAUGACAAGAAGGAGGAAGUUUCCACAGAGAAAUUCUCAAGCACUAAAAUUGGGGAGGAAAACAAAGAGAAUUCCUCACCGCGACCCAAAGACAAGCUUCUGCAGCGGACAAUUAGUCAGAUGACGAUUCCUGUGACGAAGAACGAAGGAGAUAUUAAACAGCAAACUGUUGUCUUUUCACCUCGAGUGCAGGAAGCUCCUGUGAAGCGCGACAGAUCGGCUUCAAUUGGCUCAAUUCCCGUCAUCGAUCAGAAUCGCACGAUGGUUUUCCUGGUCGGCCGCACGGACUUGCGCCUCAUCAGUCCGGACAGGAAGCAAGUGCUGCUGUACAAGGACUUCAAGGACAUCGCGAGCUGCGCUCAGGGUCACAAGAGUCCCGAUCACUUCGGCAUCAUCUGCAGGGAAGUGCAGAACGACGGCUUCAUCGCGUACGUCUUCAAAUGCCAGUCAGAUCACGUGGCGGACGACAUCGUGGCGGCGAUUUCCCAGGCCUUCGUCACGUGUUCCGAGCAGAAGAAGAAGGAGAAGUCGCAGAUCCUGUCGUGCGAGCAGUGUCCGAUGCUGUGGUAUCACAAGCUGUGCAAUGACAUCGAGGGCCUGAGCGAGAAGAAGACGCAGGCGAUGAUCUUCAAGCGCAUCGAGACGCUGUCGGAGGAGGAGCAGCAGAUGAUCAUGGCCAAGUACUACGGCGCCGAGGAGAUGGCCGGCAAUACGCUGGUGCAGCAGGUGCAAUUCCUCAUGAUGCUUCUUCGCGCGCACUGCGAAUCUCGCCAGCAGCGCCACAUUCACGACACCGCAGAGAAUCGCAGCGAGUUCCUCAAUCAAUAUCUGGGCGGCAGCACGAUCUUCAUGAAGGCCAAGCGCUCGCUGUCCAACUCCUUCGAUCACCUGCUGAAGCGGAAGGGCGGCCGCGACGAGAACUUCGGCAAGGAAGUCACGUCGCCCACGAGCGAGAGCGCUCAAGAGGCUCAGCGCACGCCCAAGAUCCUCUCCGGACGAUCCAGUCCCUCGAAGCCGCACGUCUCCGAUCAGCUGAAAUCGCCGAUGAUCGAUAUAUUCAUGAAAGUGGGAAACAGCCCGAAGGAGAGUGGCGAGAAUCGAUCGGCGUCGUGGCGUCAGGCGAUGCUGACGCGCGUCGUCACGCCGUCGAAGAACUUCUCAGACGCCGAGAACACUCAGCUGAUGUCACCCUUGCGGAGUGUGAAGAUGACGAAGCUGCGCGAGAGGCGCAGCAAGGAGGAGUUGCGCGAAUUGUGGCGCACGGCGAUCAGACAGACGAUCCUCCUGGCCAGGAUGGAGAAGGAGAAUGCGACGCUACGCAAUCGCCAGACUGAGAAUGAGAUCAAGAAGAUCAAGCUGGAGUACGACGAGAUUCUGCCGUGCGACAAGCAGGCGGCGGAUCUGUGGGAUCAGUUCACGGAUAAGCAGCGCAGCGUGACCAGGCGGGAUCCCAAAGUGCUCCUGCAGGCCAUCCGGAGUGGCGUGCCGCGGAGCAAGCGCGGUGACGUGUGGAUGUUCCUGGCGGAGCAGCACAGCAUCGCCCACGCGCCGGUGAACGUGACCAAGUUCCCCAACUUCGACACGCCAUAUCACGCCCUGCUGAAGAAUCUCACGGAGCACCAGCACUCGAUCUUCAUCGAUCUCGGGCGCACAUUUCCCAAUCACAAGUUCUACAAGCAAUCGCUGGGCGUCGGCCAGCUGUCGCUCUUCAAUCUGCUCAAGGCGUAUUCCAUUCUCGAUCCGGAGCUCGGCUAUUGCCAGGGUCUGGGCUUCAUCUGCGGCGUCCUGCUGCUGCACCUGGAGGAAGCUGACGCCUUCCAGAUGCUGAAGCAUUUGAUGUUCAAGCGGCAAAUGAGGAACAAAUAUCUUCCCGACAUGACAGUCUUUCAGCGCGAACUCUAUCAAUUAUCUCGCUUGCUAAAGGACACAAUUCCUGAGCUGUACGAGUGGCUGGACCAGAAUGAGAUCUCGCCAACGCUCUACGCAGCACCGUGGAUUCUCACGCUCUUCAGCUCGCAGUUUCCGCUCGGAUUCGUCACCAGAGUCUUCGAUUUGAUCUUCCUGGAGUCUCAGGAGGUGAUCUUCCGCGUGGCGAUCGCGCUGCUGGAGGUGCACAAGGAGGAGCUGAUGCGGCGCGACAACUUCGAGGAGAUCAUGGACUACAUGAAGAACGUGGUGCCGCUGAUGGACUGUGAUAAGAUCGACCAGGUGAUGCGGCGCACGUUCGCCAUGGACGUGGGGAGGCAGCUGGGCGAGUAUCAGGUGGAGUAUCAUGUGCUGCAGGAGGAGAUCAGCACGCAGAAUCAGCACAUUGAGACGCUGAAUCGCGCCAAGGAGGCCAAUCACGAGCUGGAGACGCAGCUGCAGAUCGCGCAGUCGACGAUCUCGCAGCUGGAGAAGACGAAGUUCACGCAGCAGAAUCAGAUUCACGCGCUGCAGGUGCAGGUGCAGAGCCUGGAGGUGACGGUGGAGACGCUGGGCGCGUUCGUCAGUCACUUGAUUGGACUGAAGACGGACCUGGAGAUUCCCGGCGAGGUGCGGCGCAUCGUGCAGCAGAUCCACAAUGCGGAGCAGCGCAAGGCGAAGCCCGUGGAGCGCAAGAUGGGCAAGUCGAUCUCGGUGAACAGCCACCUGGGCAUGGGGCUGAAGAUCCUGGAGGAGGGCAACGAGUCGCCGGAGAUUUGGGCGCAGGGCAGGAAGAAGUCGCCGUUCUUCGAGAACACCUUCGAGCACAUUCGCCAGCAGAAGGCGGCCAUGCGGCUGAGCAGCUUCGACGAGACGGCGGCGGCGCAUUUGGUGAAGAAGGAGGAGAUGAAGCUGCCGGAGCACAUUGAGAAGGCGAUAAGCAAUAUGAAGAGUCCCAAUGAGAUUGACAGCGGCAUCGCCACGCCGCUCACGCCGCAAUCCUCGCCGGCCAGCAACAAGGCGGCCAAGGCAGAGCCGGCGGCGGAGCCAAUUCAUCCGCUGAGCAGCUGCGAGGACGUGAAUGUGCGCUUCAACGGCACCACGCAGCUGCCGAAGCGCUCAGGACAUCUCAGGACUCACAUCGGCACCAUCCCGAAGGCGCUCAGCAAUGACGACGAGCGCGCGGAGAAGAGUUAACAGAUCCUGAACAGCUGAAGAGUGUGUCAUUUAACUCCGUAUUCCGUGCUUUCAGAAGAAAAAAAAGUGUUACAAGUGAUCGAUAGCGAGAGAUUAUAAAUUUUGUAAUUAAUUUAUUUUAUUUAUUACCUGUAGGCGUUUCCGGUUGAUGUCACAUAAAAGAUUACCAUAAUUAUCGUACUUUGUAUGCAUGUUGUGGAUGCACUUUUUGCGAAAAAGAAAAAAACAAACAAAUCAUAGUGAUUUUAGAGACAACACGACACUGAGACUCCAAUUAACGUCGCUACCCUUGAAGCUUUCUUGUUGCUUAAUGUAUUGAUGGCAAAUAUUGAGAGAUGUCAUUAAAAGGCAGACAUAAAA